AUGAAGCAAACAACGCUGUACCAGUUCUUCACUCCCGUUGACAGACAAUACACCUCGCAGCAAACAACAUGGUCAAGCGGGCAGCGGCGCGCGUACACGUAUGUAUCCGAAAACACAGGUGAUCUGCAGUACAGCGAGUGGACUGCGAAAAGGUGCCUCGGGGCGUUUGCGGAAGAGCCGAUCACCAGAGGGGUAGUCGUGAGAGAGUACGUUGGCGAGAUAAUCGACGACAACGAAAGGCAGAUUCGCGAGCUGCAUGUGCCGUCCGAAUACACGAUGGCGUAUGGUUCCGGUUCGUACAUCGACGCAACGCGUUUCGGAAACGAAUCACGGUUUUUUAACCACAGCUGCGAUCCGAACUACGCCUCCGAGGAAUGGUCGGUAAACGGCGUGUACCGAAUCGGGGUCGUGGCAAGAAGUGACAUCAAAGCUGGCGACGAACUCACCAUUGACUACGGAUCCGGCUUUCGCCUUAGCAAGUUACAAGUGUUACAGCUGCUGCAAGAAACUAUAAGAGAACAUGUCAAAUCGCAAUUCAAAGUGCCCGCUCGAUGCGGCAUUGUCCGUGGCCUGCUCGAGUACCCACGCGACCAUCUCUGGAGAGCCGCUACUAGCAGCAGCGUCAAGAAAAUCUCCUGUCCAGGCACGGAGUACAUGCCGGUAAAGCCAUCGACAGACAACAACGUCACCUCCCCCGAUAACCAUUACCAAUGCGUCGUUAUCACACGCAUCGGGCCGAUGAGUAGAUAA